AUGGGGAAUUGCUUCAAUUAAGAUGAGAAUGCCAAAACAUCCCUAAAAUCACUCAAGAAAGUCGAUUAGUAAUAGUCUUAGUCUCUUUAAGACUUGGAUGCCAAUAAAAUUACUUUAAAAGACUUUUUAAGUCAAGGCUAGAUAGGAAGGGGUUAAUUUGGUAAGGUCUUUAGAGUUAAAAUGAAGAACAGCUCUCAAGAAUAUGCUAUGAAAGUAAUUAAAAAAUCUGAAAUCAUUCAAUUUGGAUUGGUAGAACAUACAAUGCUUGAAAAGAGUGUGCUUAUUCGAAGUAAAAACCCUUUUGUUGUCAAGUUAAAAUACUCAUUCUAAACAGAUUAAAAGUUAUAUUUAGUUAUGGAAUUAGUCACUGGAGGUCAACUUUCUAAGAUUCUUAGCAAGUACUAUUAGAAUCGACUUACAUAAGUUUAAGCAUAGUUCUGUGCUGCUGAAGUAGUUCUUGGAUUAGAAUACAUACAUGAGACUUUGAAAGUUGUAUAUAGAGAUUUGAAACCAGAUAAUAUUUUAAUUACUCAGGAUGGACAUUUGAAAUUAACAGAUUUCGGAUUAUCAAAAUAAUACGACAAGUAGGAUAUGAAGUUCUUUACUUUUGUUGGUACACCUGAGUACAUUGCCCCAGAAAUUUUGUUGAAAUCUGGACACAAUACAUCUGUAGAUUGGUGGAGCCUAGGAAUACUACUCUAUGAAAUGCUAGUAGGUUAUACCCCAUUUAGAGACACAUCUAAUAAUUUAAGGAUGAUAGAGAACAAAAUUAUCUAAAGCGAGAUAGUAUUUCCAGAUUUCUUAUCUACUGAAGCCAAGGAUAUUAUAUCUCAACUGUUAAAUAAAGAUUAUCGUAAUCGUUUAGGUAAUUCUGUAGAUUAAAUAAAGAAACAUUUAUUUUUUUCUUAAAUUAAUUGGGAUGAUAUUUAUCAUUUACGAACAAAAUCUCCAAUUUUAGAUGGUCUAGCAAAGAUCUUAAAAUAAAAGUCAAUAGAAAAAAAAGUUGAACCAAAAAAAAUAUUCGAAACUCCCCAUUCUUAAAUAAGAUAAACAGAUGGUUAAUUCGAAGGUUUCUCUGUUAAUCAAGAUGAAUAUUGA